UUUUCCUUUCCCAUCAACAAUCAACCCGAAAUAUCCAAAUCAUUUAAAAUCACGUGAAGACUUAAUUAUUCAAAAAAAUGGCGGUACUUUACACCGAAGGUACUUUAUCGACCCGAAAUUAAACCCUACCGCCAUCACUCAGCUGACGCGAAAAAAUCUCCCUCUCGCAAAAAUUUCGUAGAAAAACGUAAAAAAAAACCACAAAAACAACAAAUUCCGGCCGUUUCUUGGUGGAUGUAUUUAAUGAAAGCCCUUCAUGAUUGUUCUCAACUCUGUCCAAUGGUUGUUGUUUAGUGGCUUGAGGUACGGCUAUCUCGUAUUGGUUUUUUGAGAAUAUAAUAGAGAGGGGAAGCCAUUGGAACAAAGAGAACAGGCAAUGGAAGGUUUUUCCUAAACCGUUGAGCAAAAAUGUGACAAUAGUCUGUUGAAGGAGUAAAUAUGUAAAUAAUAAUAAGUCGUGGCUUUCUGGAGAAUCAAGAGUGUGAUGUUACAACAGGAUCUGUGAGGAGUGCAAGAUUCGUCAGCAUUCGUGGCAUGAUCGCAGAGUUUCAAGGAUAAAAUUAACAGUGUCAACAAUUAUUGAGAGAAUAAGUGUCACCAACAUCCUGACUGGGAAUAUGGAUCGUGUCUGCAGGAUAUGUUUGACAGAGGCAACAAAUUUAACAUCUAUAUUCUGCAGUGGGCAAUUAGACGAUCUUUCUGGAUUGUCCCACAAAAUUCAACAGUGCGGUGCAAUAGAGAUACACGAGAGAGAUGGGUUACCCUCGUUGAUCUGUGAUGUAUGUAUUUAUAAAGCAAAUGUUGCUCACGAAUUUCGCCAGCAGUGCCAGCACUCGGACGCCAGACUGAGACUCUAUUACGACAAGCCACCACGUACUGAUCCAAUCGACACGAGUACCCAAACAGAUUCCCACAUAAGGAUUCUGGUGACGAAAAAAGUCGAGAGCCCGCAUCAGAAUUACUUCGUCAAAGAAGAGAUUCAGAGCAUGGACCACGAGCUUACUAAUUCGAUAGACGUGUACACGCAGAAUCAUCAGACAGUGGUUCAGGCGAGUGCAAUAGAUUCUGAAGAUAAAUUAUUUCUGUGUCAAAUUGGUUUUGAUGGGUCUAAGGACAUGGAGAAGGACACUGUGAUCUUGGAGGCCCAUCCGGACGAGAUCCAGUGCUCGCCGCGGGGUACACAGGUGCUGCUGGAGGUGCCAAAUGACGUGGAGCACCGACUUCAGGAAACAGAGCACUCGAUAACCGAGAUGAAGCCUAGUGAGGCAGCCCAGUACCUCAAUGAGCACUUGUUGACCUCAACUGUCAGCCCAGAAGAGGAGGAGGAGGAAGGAAUUGCAGGUGACGAUACACUGAAUGACGACGACGACGAUGACGACGAAGACGACGAUAUGAUGGACACUGGGCACGCAGUGCCUCAGCCACAGGCUGAGUGCGAGCCCGAACCACAACAAAUACGAGAGCAAGAGCUGGUUGGGGCUGAAGAAGUAAUAAUACCUGACGUCCUUCCCAGGAGACCCACGAGAAAGGCAAAACCAAGUGCUGGAAAGUCGUACAGCAUUGACGAGCUAGACGGUGAGUUCGAGUCCAUGGAGGACGACGAGCAUGACUCAGAGGAGCCAAAAUUCAAGUGCAAAGUCUGUCAGAAGAAGUAUGCAACCCUGAAAGGGUUCAAGAAUCACUCGCAGGUGCAUGAUAAGAAGUACAAGUGUCCGACGUGUUCGAAAUUAUUUUACAAACUCGAGAACAUGGAGAAACACAGAAAGAUCCAUGAGACCAAGCCCCACGCAUGCCAGACGUGUCACACAUCAUUUGCCAAGCCUCAGAGUCUAGUUCGACACAUGAAGACACACGUGGACGACUCAACGAACGACAGUACCACCACGAAAGACACGAAAGUGGAGAACUCUGAGGAUGAGGACGAGCCUCAGGCAAACGAGCCGGAUGAAUUCGAAAAUGCCCCUGGCCUCUACAAAUGCGACAUUUGUAAUCAAUUCUGCUCGUCCCUCAAGAAUUUAAAACGCCACGCACUCGUUCAUGGUGAGAAAAAGUACUCGUGUACUGUUUGUAAAAAGUGGUUUUUCAGGCCGGAUACACUGAAAAAACACGCUGAGAAACACGGACACGGUCUUCUCGACAAUUUAAUUGACGAGAACAAAUUAUUCGACUCUGAUGAUGACUCACCCCCUCAUCCGGCUCACAGUACGAGUGAUAAUUCAGGGAAACGUGAGGAGAGCGAUGAGGAUGGUGCCUCGGGUGAAUACAAAUGCCAGCACUGUGACAAAGUGAUGGCUACGAUGAAGGGCUUGAGAAGACACGUGUCGAUGCACAAACCAAAAGCAGAGCCAGUGGUAUGUGAGAUUUGUAAAAAAGUUUGCGCCAGUCAGGCUAGACUGGCGCUACACGCAAAGACUCACAAUAAACCAAAGGAGAAGGUACCGAGGGAGUAUCUGUGUCAUAUCUGCAGCAAAGUCUACCCCAGUAAUUCCUCGUUGACGUACCACAUGAGGACACACACAGGGGUAAAACCCCACGUUUGCAAAAUUUGCAACAGUGGAUUCACAACGACAACAAGUCUGGCUAAUCACAUAAGAAUUCAUACCGGUGAUAAACCAUUUGUCUGUCACGUAUGCAGUGCUGCUUUCGCUGUGAGCUCAGCCUUCAGGAGGCACUUGACUCGGCACACUGGAGAGGCGAAUUAUCUCUGCAAGACCUGUGGCAAGGCCUUCAAACGUCUCAGCACACUCAAGGAGCACACUUACACCCACUCCGGGGAGAAACCGUACGUUUGCAAAACUUGUGGAGCUGCUUACAGCCACUCUGGAUCACUUUUUGCACAUCAGAAACGCUGUCGAGCUCAGUAUGGGGAGAUGGUGACUGAGGAACAUCAUAAUGUUGUGGCUCAUCACAUUCAUGUUAAUAAUGUGCAGACAGCUGUGAGAUCGCUUGCCGUUAUUGGACAAAUAUUUUAAAAUUAUUUUAAAUUUGUAGAUAUUUUCCCCCGUCUUUGAGGGUGAUUUCUCCUUAAGGAGGGGGAGGGUUCAGUAUCGUACAAUUAAGGUAUUUGAUGCCGAAUCGCUGCCUCAAUCCCGGAUAGCCCAGUGCAUUGGACAGAAAUGUCCAAUCUUGUAUUAAACGGGGUGAAUCAUAAAUUUGAAUGAAUUAUCGAGUUUGUACCAUUUUUCAUUAAUCAGGAUUUAUUCAUCUGAUUAUCAUCAAGUCAUGCUGAUAAAUGACUGAAUUCAUUUUACAAUUAUUUUUAUUAGUAUUAUGAGACUAAAUUGUUGGAUAAUGUGAAGGUGGAAUUAGAGGGUAGUACGAUACUAGAAUUAUUAUACGGUAGACUCCCGUUAUAGUCGCGCGUAUGAACUGUAGAAAAAGCGAAUUCAGAGAAUUAUGCUGCGAUCGUAAACUCAAUUUUUUCCUCACACAUUCGAAUACGAGAGAAAUUUAUUGUUCGGUUUUAUUUUGUGUUGAAUUCAAUUCCUCACUGAACGAAAGAAUUAAUUGUUUAUAUCGUGGAGUCCGUUUAUAUCGUGGUUGUAGAGAGGAAAAACCGAAAGAUACGCGAAAACAGAAAUUGAGAAGUGCCGACUAUGACGAGAUUCUAUUGUAGUCGGUAAAAAAAAAAAUUUGAUACGAGAGUCAGAGAAAAUUAUCAUUGUAUGCAUCUUUUUUCUAUAAAUGAAAAUGCUUAAAUAA